ACCAUUGCAAGAAACCUGUCCCAUUUCCUUCCUUCUCACACUUUUGAGGGGGCAUUCUCAUCUCGAGGGAAAGAUCGGAAUGGAGGCAGCGCCAGUGCCGAAGCCCGGGAAUUCGAGAUCGGGGCUGAGCUCCAACUCCCUCCCUGUGGAUCUCGCCCUCAACAUCGUAUCCUAUCUCGAGGUCACAGAUGUUUGCUCGUUGGGAAGCUGUUCGCAGUUCUGGCGCUGCCUCUGCGCGUCGGAUUGCGUCUGGAUCGCGCUCUACAAGCGGAGGUGGCCGGCGUUGGGCGCUGGUUCCCAGCCUCGAGCCAUUGAGGGAGGAGGAGAAGAGUGUUCCGGUGACGCCAGGGCCUUGUCGUCGCCCGCACAGGGGUGGAGGGUUUUGUACAUUAACAAGCACAGAAAAAUGGCCAGUGCUGUGACCACUGUAAUCAAAUUUGUGGAACAGAGCUCACUAAAUGAAUCACUUGAAGUUGGAUAUUAUCUGAAAGCUAUAGCUGAUCUUGGCUCGAUGGAGCUUGGGUUUGAAGAUGUCCAACUAUUUCUGUUUGCAAGAAAGCAGAAUGUGCUGCUGAAUCUGAUUGGAUUGCACUAUUCCAUAUUUUGGCUUGCAGUACCACCCAAGGACGUAGCAGAAGCCCUUCAUAGAUGCAAAGUAUCCGAUCGACAAGUGUGUGUGAGUUGGUUCAAGCUAGGCAGGUGGUUCUAUGGCUUCCGAUUGCCUGAUGAGCAUCGCUCACGAAAGUUUUCUUUGGGUGAUCUUGCCAUGGCCAAGGAAGAAGAGGUUCUGGCUGUGCUCAACCGAGGAGCAGUUCAUGAAGUACUACGGGUCCAGAUAAAAUCAAGUGCUGCAAGCACUACAUAAUCAUUUCAGAAAUGUUAGCCCAAAGGGAUGAAACGAAGGGAGCGCAACCCUCUCUGCCAGAAAGGUGAAAUUUUUUGGGCUAUGACAGUUUAUUCCUGGGCACUGGAUUGGAUAUAGGUGGAUGACGGACAGGUCAUACACCACUUCCAAGCCUAAGACAACCCUAAAAGGUCUCCAUCCAAUAUAAAUAGAUGAAGAUAUGUAACAUCUAACACAACCCUGAUGACUAUAUGUCUUUAUCCAAUAUCAUGUGUACUUUAUUUGAAAGGUCUCAUAUCUCAAAUGUCUAUGGGCAAACGAAUUC